CCUUUCUUCUUUAGGCCACCGUCCUGCAUGUUGCAAGGCUCAACUGGAGUAAAUUUCUUCCAUUGCCAGCAACCCCAACCCCGCACGUUUCCCUUCCUUUUUCUCUCUCUCCAUAUAUCUACUACGUGUAAUGCUUGUGUCUCCUAAGCACCUACAGUAUUGGCUUCCAACUGAGUUUUUCUUUUACAGAGUAAAAAGAGCUACCAUGGACAAACAGAACGCCUACAACACUGAUUUCAAAUCCAAUUUCUGCUUCCCCGAUGAGUUCCCUUACGAGUUUGGUUCCUCUUUUGAUCUAAGCUCCCCGGUUGAGUCUGUUGUAUGUUCUACCGAGACGGAUAGUAGUGAUGAUGAUGGUUUCCUAGCUGGCUUGACUCGGUGCCUGACUCAGCAACUUGUUGAGCCUAAUGAGAAAAAGUGGGUCACGGCCAGGUCACCUGAAUCGACACUUAGUGGAAUCGGAAGUUGGUCCCUAUCCAGCAACGGCAGCUCAAACUGUGAAAUUUCCCCCCCAGCAACGCCUUUUGGGACCAAAAGUGAUCCAUGGGACCUGAUAUUUGCAGCUGGUGGUCCUGUUUCGAGGUUAAAGGUGAGUAGUGAAGGCAACAGGAACAGUAACUAUCAAGAGAGGGGAUUGCAGGGUCCUGCAAGAAGCCAACGUCCAGAUACUGCAGGAAAAAAUCAGAAUAAUGGUGUUUCGCUGUUGAAUCAGUAUCAAGUGAAGCAAGAACAGCGCCCUUCAGUUUGGGGAUGGCAGCAAAUGAAGGGAAGCUGGCAAGAUGAGCUCCAGCCCCACCAGCAGCUUCAGCAGCAACACCAAAUCCAGAGCAGCGGGAGAAGUGUGCGUCCUCUUGAUCUGCCUCGGUCUGCUUGGCCUCCUCUUCAAGUGCAACCAAAUCAUCACAUGCACCAACACUAUUAUUCAGCCAAGAGAGCUACUUUUCUCGGUGGCUCUUGUGCUAGAAAAGAGUGUGCUGGAACUGGCGUUUUCUUGCCUCGCAGAUGUGUCAUUCCCGCUGAUUGUAAGAAGAAAUCAGCUUGCUCCACAGUUCUAGUUCAAGCCAAGGUUGCUCAGGCUCUAGAUUUGAACCUUAAGGACAUGAACAUCCAAGGUCAUAUCCAGCCACGCUUUAAUAGUGCUUUUAGCUCUGAUUGUGUUAAGCAAAGAAAAAUGCUUUCAUGGCAAGAAAUGGGCUAUUGGCGCAACAGAAGGGAAAUUUACGGGCAGAGAGUGUCCUCAAUAAUCAAGAAAUUUGCUUGCCUCAAGAGUGGAUGUAUUGACCCAAGAAUUCAACGUGGAAGCUUACAAGAAACCAAGAAUUGCUUUGUUAGACAAGUGUAGAAAGAUUCAAUUAAAGAAAUUCAAGAAUGCAAGUUUAGCCUACAAAUAAAUAAAAGCAAUAAGAAAUCCUGGUUUUUUGAUGGGAGAAGUUUGAAGCUGCUUUUGAGGCCUUGUUUUCUCCUAAAUAAGGAAGUAAUGCUAUAGAUUGAAUUUUUUAGAUAGAUUAGUGUAGCCAUUAGCCUAGUAUUUUCUAUUAAUUUAAUGGGUUUUCAACAUUUA